UGUGUGUUUGUGUCAAUUAAAGAAUUUGCACGCAUGUUUUUCGUUUAUUUUUAUUCAUCGAAAUAUUGUGAAAUUUAGUUUUAAAAUAAAUUAAUCUAAUCCAAAGAAAACAAACAACAUGAAACUACAAAUAAAAACGCUAAACCAAAAAUCUCUAGUUGUGGACAUAGAGGAAACCAAAACAGUUUAUGAACUAAAGAAGGAAUUGUCACUGUAUCCCGAUAUUGGUGUCAAACCAGAAUUGCAGAAACUUAUCUAUGCCGGUAAAAUACUCGCCAAUGCUGAGAAGCUAAAUAGCUACAAUAUAGAUGUAAAAAAGUUUUUGGUAAUCAUGAUACUAAAGCAGCCACUGGAAGAGUCACCAAAGGCAGUACAAGCACCGCAAGAGACUGUUAAAGAGGAAGUGGUCAAAGUGAAAGAGCCAGAGACAGAGCAAGAAAAACAAACAGUUAAAACUAAUGAACCAACCACAACCUCGCCAGUAGUAGCACAGCAAGUUGCUCAACCAGAAUUCAAAACACCUACAGCACCGGCUGACAGUAAAAAAGAUGAAUUAGUUGCCCAAAUUGUAGGCAUGGGUUAUCCAGAGUCUGAUGUACGAAGAGCUUUAGCGGCCAGCUUUUAUAAUGCUGAACGUGCUAUAGAAUACUUAAUUGAAGGCAUUCCCACCUCUCCCUCUACACCCGAAGGAGAAAGUUAUACCGAUACGGAUGCUGAUCUAUCCAUGACACCAUUUGAGAUGUUUCGCGGUGAUCCUACAUUUCAAACUUUACGCGAUGCCUUGCAACUACAUCCAGAACUGUUAGAUGCUGCCAUUCAACGUGUCGGCGAAACAAAUCCAGAACUUUUAAAUUUAAUUAGCGAAAAUCAACAAGAAUUCCUUAGCAUGUUGGUUGAUGGUUCCGAUGAUGAGGAGUAUGAUGAUGAUGACUUGGAAGAUGAUGAUGAUGAUUAGUUUAAAGAAUGUCUAGAGUUAGAGUACUAGUAAUUGUUGUAUUUCAGAGAAAUACACAUAAUUAAAUAUACACCAUGAGGUCAGUAAAGAGGUGUAAAAGAAUUGUUAAAAAUUAUGUAAAGAAACUAUGUAGUUCAUUUGUUAUUUUAUUAACAAGUUUAUAGGAGCCAUGAAUUUAUGUUUUUCUUUAUUUUUUUGUAUAAAAAAUCGAAUAAAUUAUUAAUAAAACAUUUUUAUUAUAAAUGA